AUGAUACCAGUGUCCACGGCUUUGAGUCAAUCAAAGUUUACCUGGUUCUUAAAACCAAAGCCCCUGUACGACUUUUGCUUACUCGACCAGGCAAGUAGGGGCGCAUGGGGUUCCAUGAAGUUGCUAUCCCGGUUGCGGUUCAAGCACACAGUCACUAUCGGUGCCAUCUUGAUGAUUGUUAGCAUUCUUUCCUCUCCAGUAACUCAAUUAGCUAUCAGUUACCCUCUGCGAAAUUCCACCGCCUACGGGGAGGAAGCUACGGUACUCACCAUCGACAAAAUCAGCGGAGACAGUGCAGAUAUGGCAAGUCUGGUGGAAAUUGCGUCGCUCAAGGCUACGAUGCCGGACUCUGGGAGUUUCGAAGUGCCUGCGCCUCCACAUAAAGCUACAUGCUCUACGGGAAAUUGCAAUUUCAGUCCCUAUCAAUCACUCGGUGUUUGUGUGGAUACUGUCAACAUAACUUCAAAGCUACGGAUCAAGCUAUCAGAU